CGGGAUCUCAACACGUGACUGGUAGAGAUCCUCCCCAUGCAAUGUUGCUUUGAUGACGCGCCUGGGCUACUGACUCUUUAAGAGUGAAAGGCUGCAGAGCGGAGCUCCGUUAGUUUCAAGCGAGCCUGCUCUUGGCGCAGCGAGAAGUCAGCUUGAGUCAUACGUGGGGACGAGGCUUCCGGGCUGCAGAUCUUCACGUUCCACGUGCCAAUUGCUGCAUCAUCCCAGCUACGUCGCAGGGGGCGGGCGAUUAUCCGGAACGGCCCUGUCCUGCCGUUUCUUAGCGAAUGACUGAAUGGAGAGCAUCUGUUUAGCUCCACUAGAAAAGAAGGAGGAGUGAGGCUCUUCCAGCCCACUUCUUUGGUUUAGCCUAUCUUAGUCUUGGUCCGAAGCGGGGUGGGGGGCGAUUCCAGAUGACCUCUUUUAAUCAAGUGUCACUACAGUUGCAAAGAUGGCUGUGCUAAGUUCGUUUCCGCCUGAACUGGAGCGACUGCUGGAGAAAGAUCCCUACUUGACUCCUUUUGAGCAAGACUUCCAGCGCAGGUAUGGUAUAUUUCAUCGCAUAUUAAAGAAGAUUGAAGAAAAUGAAGAAGGUCUCAACAAAUUCACAAAGAGUUACCAAACAUUUGGAAUCAAUAGAUUCAUAGAUGGAGGAUUAUACUGUAAAGAAUGGGCUCCUGGUGCAGAAGCAGUGUUUCUUACUGGUGAUUUUAAUAAUUGGAAUUCAUUUUCCCAUCCAUAUAAGAAAAUGGAUUUUGGGAAAUGGGAAUUGUUCAUCCCACCUGGAGCAGAUGGGUUUCGCCCUGUAUCACAUGGAUCCAAACUGAAGUUGGUGAUAAGAACCAAAACCGGAGAGAUCCUUUAUCGCAUUUCUCCUUGGGCUAGAUACGUAGUUCGUGAGGGUACCAAUGUGAAUUACGAUUGGAUACACUGGGAGCCAUCAACGCCAUAUAAAUGGAAACAUCCCAUUCCUAAGAAACCCAAAAGUGUAAGAAUCUAUGAAUCACAUGUGGGAAUUGCUUCCCCUGAAGGGAAAAUAGCUUCAUAUAAAAACUUUACAUACAAUGUGCUUCCAAAAAUCAAAGAUCUUGGAUAUAACUGUAUUCAGUUGAUGGCUGUGAUGGAACAUGCUUAUUAUGCAAGUUUUGGUUAUCAGAUCACAAGUUUUUUUGCAGCAUCAAGUCGAUACGGCACUCCAGAUGACUUGAAGGAACUGAUUGAUGUUGCCCACUCAAUGGGAAUCACAGUUCUAUUAGAUGUUGUGCACAGUCAUGCAUCAAAGAAUUCCGAAGAUGGCCUGAACAGUUUUGAUGGUACUGAUUCUGCAUUUUUCCAUUCUGGUCCUAGAGGAACACACAUUCUUUGGGAUAGCCGACUUUUUGACUAUGCAAACUGGGAAGUUCUGAGAUUUCUUCUCUCCAAUUUAAGAUGGUGGAUAGAAGAGUAUGCCUUUGAUGGGUUUCGAUUUGAUGGUAUAUCAUCUAUGCUAUAUCACCAUCAUGGAAUUCGUGAAGGCUUUAGUGGAGAUUACAAUGAAUAUUUUGGUAUGCAUGUUGAUGAAGAUGCAGUGGCCUACCUAAUGAUGGCAAACUACAUGAUACAUACUUUGCAUCCAGAAUGUGUAACUAUAGCAGAGGAUGUGUCUGGAAUGCCAGCACUUUGUUGUCCAGUAAUUGAAGGAGGAUGUGGAUUUGAUUACCGGAUGGCCAUGGCAAUUCCUGACAAAUGGAUUCAGAUCAUUAAGGAGCGUAAGGAUGAGGACUGGGACAUGGGAAACAUUGUGUUUACUUUAACAAACAGGCGAUAUGGAGAGAAGUGCAUUGCCUAUGCAGAGAGUCAUGAUCAGGCCCUUGUUGGUGAUAAGACUUUGGCUUUUUGGCUGAUGGAUGCAGAGAUGUAUAACUAUAUGAGUGUUCUGUCACCUUUCACACCAGUUAUUGAUCGAGGAAUACAGCUUCAUAAAAUGAUACGACUCAUUACUCAUUCUCUUGGAGGAGAAGGCUAUCUCAAUUUCAUGGGUAAUGAAUUUGGACAUCCAGAAUGGUUAGACUUUCCUAGACAGGGCAAUAAUGAAAGCUACCACUAUGCAAGGAGACAGUUUAAUUUAGCUGAUGAUCAACUUCUUCGCUAUAGAUUCCUAAAUGUGUUUGACAGAGAUAUGAAUAAAUUGGAAGAAAAAUUUGGCUGGCUUGCAUCACCUCCGGCCUAUGUGAGUGAAAAGCAUGAAUCAAACAAAGUUAUUGCUUAUGAAAGGGCAAAUCUUCUAUUUGUAUUUAAUUUUCAUCCAUCUCAAAGUUACACCGAUUACCGACUAGGUGUAGAAAAACCAGGAAAAUAUAAAAUUGCCUUGGAUUCUGAUGCUCCAGAGUAUGGAGGGCAUAAUAGACUGGAUCAUACUACAGAAUUUUUUUCACAGCAGUAUUCACAUAAUCAUCGAUCCAAUUCUCUUUUGCAACCCAAUGCACUGAAUGAAAGUGAUGGCCAAAGCCGAGGACACCAGCUCACACACUACUUGAAGGUAAAGUUGCAGACAGGUAUACAUUCCAAGCAGAGUGGCAAUAGUGUUUCAAAACAUGGAUAUUCAGAUAUAAAGGCUUGCAACUGGCUCCAUUACUUCGAAGGCCAAGUAAUAUUUGAUGAUAAUUGUAUCCAAAAUACUGGGUUUUUUCUGCAUAAAGGUGGUGUGUUCAUACUAAGAAAUUCAAAUGAGCAUUUAUUUAUUCAUAAUUAUAAAUAUAUUAUAAAAUGUUUAUUCAAAGAGAUUAUAAUCAUGGAGGAACAAUUGCAUUAUGAACAAUUUGUAUUAUAGAACUGGAUUUCAGAAAGUUUUUUUCUCACCUAAGGAUUGAAGUAAAGUUACAAGGCAUGUUCAAAAAUUGUAUUUUCAGGUUUUUUUUCUUAUCACAUGUGGGUGUAUUUUUCUCAUUAGCUCCCAUUUUGUAUUAAAAAUAAGUAGCCAUGUGAUGCACUAACCACUGGAUUCCAGAUCUAAGUUAUACUGUGUUUUCAUGGAAUACAUUACUAUGAGGAAAAUAGGGUGGUUUGUCUAAAAACUAAUAAACCAUUUUCAUGGAAGGACCCCAAAAUAAAUCACUGAUAGUACAAGCUCAUAAAUUUAGGUCUGUCAAAAUAUAAAACUAUGGAGUGUCUUUUAAUAUGUGCCUAUUUUUAAAAAAAACUGUUACAAACUAAAGAUAUUAAUUUAUGAAUUCUAUUUAGAAUGUUAGCAUUCAUUCAUUAUUUAUUGUCCAAGUGUGAUUGGACACACAAGGAAUUUGUUUCUGGUGCAUAAGCUCUCAGUGUACCUACAAACAACUAGUGAUAAAUCAUUAUCAAAAUAAUAAAAUACAAUCAUUAUAAAUCAUAAGAUACUCAAUGAUAGGCAUAGGGUACUAAAUAAGCAAACAACAUAAAUCAUAAUAGGAUGCUAAAUAAAGAUAAUCAACAUAAAUCAUGAGACACAAACAAAGAUUAUAAACAAACAACAAAAUUAUAGUCAUAAGAAGCUAAGGAAAUAGGUAAUAGGAAAGAUGAAAAGAUUAGAAGGAUAAUAGGAAAUACAGCCAUACUAGGUGGUUUGACAUCCUAGGCAUAAACAGUGUUGUGGGAAUUAGUUGUUUAGCAGAGGAAUAGUAUGGGGGAUAAAACUAUCUUUGUGUCUGGUUGAUUUGACAUAUAAUGCCCUUUAGUGUCAUCUUGAACAAAGAAGUUGAAAUAAUUUAUGUCUAGGAUGUGAGGGAUCUGUAGAUAUUUUCACAGCCCUCUUUCUGGCUCAUGCAGUAUACAGUUCCUCAAUGGAAGGCAGGCUGAUUGCAAUUAUUUUUUCUGCAGUCCUAACUAUUUGUUGAAGUCUGUCUGUCUAGUUUGUCUGCUAGGCCAAACAGACACUUAUACAGGUACAAAAGAAAAACAUUUAACUUUUAACUCAGUAAACAUUUAAAAACAAACCAUAUUCAUUUUCCUAAUUUUUUUUCCAUGUAGCCAUUUUAAAAAGUUCUAGCAGUUUCAAAUGUAUUUUCAGUGAAGUUAAUUUAUGUUCAUAUGUGUUAAAGCUUGGCAUUGGCAUUGAGGUUUCUGCAACAUCAGUUUAGUUCCAUUGCUGACUAGUUAUGACUUAAUGUCUUUUGAAACCAAACUAUGACAGUUAUCAGUAACAAUGGUAGAGAAUUCUUUUUAUCAAAUUAAAAAUGUAUUUAAGUUACCUUUUAAAAAAUUAAUACUAGUAGCAAGUUUAAAGGGAUUUAAUUUUGAAUUUCCAGAAUUGUAAAAAUAUCUUGUAUUAAAAGUUAUUUCAAUUUUGUUUUAAAGUCAAUUUUGAUAUGCAAUUAUCAAAAAUAUUCAGGACAGAAGUUAUAAGUUAUUAUUUUGCUGUUUUUGUCAAGACCAUAUCACCAGUGCCUUACUAACUUUUUCCUUAUGAUAGCUAUUCCAGAUCAAGCUUCUUAGUAUCAUGUCUAGUUGGCAUGCUCUGCUUCAAAACCAUGUGGAAACAUUUUAAUGCCUCGCCAAGCAAUGCAUUUUAGAAGUAAGUGAACAAUAAAAAUUGCAGAAUUUAUUCCCACCAAUCCUAAAAGCUAGGUAAAAUUCAUGCAAAAAGAAACACUUUCAUUUUCCUGCCCACAUAUUUACACCAUCAGACGAGAAUAGGUGAAAAGUUUGGGAUAAAUAUUUCAUAAGCCUAGUGAAUAAAAUUUCUCCUAUUAAUUAUGUUACUGGAAUACAGUGGUUCAGUAUAUAUAAAUGCUAUAGCACCUGAUGUAUUUAAUUCUCUGAAAAUAAUAAAUUUUAAGAUUUAGGUAAUUCAACAUUUUCUGAAAGAAGAUUCAGAUAGUUAUGUAAAAGUUAUAAAAUUCAGAUAAAUCUUUCAACCAAGUGAUAAAAUAAACAGUCCCAUAAAUAUAGGUGCACUUUCAUUAAAUUUAGACAUUACUCGUAAUAUAAUAAACACGUUAUUGUUUCUAGAUUUGUAUAUGUGGUGUAAGAAUACCAAACUUUUGUGUAAGAAAAUAGUAUGUGUAAUGAGAUGUUAUAAAAUGAUGUGCAAAUAAAGAAAUGUAAAAUUG